AUGCCGUGUUACGCCAGGUUUCUGUUUUUACUUCUGUGUUUGAUCCUGCUCGGGGAGUGCAAGAGACCCAAAAGUAGGAAAAAGCGGUGGUCCGCGCCGGCGGAGAAUCACAAGCCAGGCACUCCUCUGUCAAAGAAGGUUGCAGAUGGAACCAAAGCCCGAAAGAUGAAGACCACCCACCUUCUGCGCAUAGACGAGCAUGACUUUACCAUGAGGCCCGCCUUCGCAGGUCCAGCUGUCCCUGUUGGAGUGGAUGUGCAGGUGGAGAGCUUGGACAGCAUAUCAGAGGUGGACAUGGACUUCACCAUGACCCUGUAUCUAAGGCACUACUGGAAGGACGAGAGGCUUGCCUUCCCAAGCUCCACCAACAAGAGCAUGACAUUUGACGGGCGCCUGGUGAAGAAAAUCUGGGUGCCUGAUGUGUUCUUCGUCCACUCCAAGAGGUCUUUCAUCCAUGACACCACCACUGACAACAUCAUGCUGCGGGUGUUUCCGGACGGUCACGUCCUAUACAGCCUGAGGGUUACAGUAACUGCUGCAUGCAACAUGGAUUUCAGUCGUUUUCCUUUGGACUCGCAGACAUGCACGCUGGAGCUGGAGAGCUAUGCUUACACAGACGAAGACCUGAUGCUGUAUUGGAAAAGCGGUGAUGAGUCCCUGAGCACUGAUGACAGGAUUUCUCUGUCUCAGUUCCUCAUCCAGAAGUUUCACACUACUUCCAGACUGGCUUUCUACAGCAGCACAGGCUGGUACAACCGUCUGUACAUCAACUUCACUCUGCGGCGUCACAUCUUCUUUUUCCUGCUGCAGACCUACUUCCCAGCCACUCUGAUGGUCAUGCUGUCCUGGGUGUCCUUCUGGAUCGACCGCAGGGCCGUCCCUGCCAGAGUCUCAUUAGGUAUAACCACAGUGCUCACCAUGUCCACCAUCAUCACUGGAGUCAACGCCUCCAUGCCCAGGGUCUCCUACAUCAAAGCUGUGGAUAUUUACCUUUGGGUCAGUUUUGUCUUUGUCUUCCUUUCUGUGCUCGAAUAUGCUGCCGUCAACUACCUGACGACAGUGAGGGAUGGUAAAGACCGCAAGCUCAGAGAAAAAGCCAGAGAACAGACACUCCCCUGCACCUGUGGCAUGUCCCACGCCAGGACCAUGAUGCUAGAUGGGACAUACAGCGAGGCGGAUGCCAACAGCCUGGCGGGGUACACAAGGGCCUCCAUGGCACCUGAAGAUGUGUCGGAAAAACAGGAGCGAAUGGUAGUGCAUCUCUCCCUGGACACCGAGCCCACGGGGACCAAGAAGAAGGGCAUCCGCGGCUUCCGGAUUAUCCAGAACACUCACGCCAUUGACACCUAUUCUCGCAUGAUAUUCCCUGGCGCCUACAUCCUGUUUAACCUGAUCUACUGGUGUGUGUACUGCUGA